CGGUCGCGCUGAGUCCGGCAUCGGAAGUGCAGCGGGGCAGAGCGGCGUCAAGGGGAACCUCCUGUAGCUGCCUGCGCCCUGAUGAUACCGCCUUACUGAAAUGCUGGUAUUGUUUCCACAGAGCUGUCUGGCCUUUAGCCCUUCAUCCUUCGUUGAAGGAAAUGACCAAUCAGUACAGUAUUCUCUUCAAACAAGAGCAAGCCCAUGAUGAUGCCAUUUGGUCAGUUGCCUGGGGGACGAACAAGAAGGAAAAUUCUGAGACUGUGGUCACAGGCUCCCUGGAUGAUCUGGUGAAAGUCUGGAAAUGGCGUGAUGAGAGGCUGGACCUGCAGUGGAGUCUGGAGGGACAUCAGCUGGGGGUAGUGUCUGUGGACAUCAGCCAUACCCUGCCCAUUGCUGCAUCCAGUUCUCUUGAUGCUCAUAUUCGUCUCUGGGACUUGGAAAACGGCAAACAGAUCAAGUCUAUAGAUGCAGGACCUGUGGAUGCCUGGACUUUGGCCUUUUCUCCUGAUUCCCAAUAUCUGGCCACAGGAACUCAUGUCGGGAAAGUGAACAUUUUUGGUGUGGAAAGCGGGAAAAAGGAAUAUUCUUUGGACACGAGAGGAAAAUUCAUUCUUAGUAUUGCAUAUAGUCCUGAUGGGAAAUAUUUGGCCAGUGGAGCCAUUGAUGGAAUCAUCAAUAUUUUUGAUAUUGCAACGGGAAAACUUCUACACACGCUGGAAGGCCAUGCUAUGCCCAUUCGUUCCUUGACCUUUUCCCCGGAUUCUCAGCUCCUCGUCACUGCUUCAGAUGAUGGCUACAUCAAGAUCUAUGAUGUACAACAUGCCAACUUGGCUGGCACGCUGAGUGGCCACGCCUCCUGGGUGCUGAAUGUUGCGUUUUGUCCUGAUGACACUCACUUUGUUUCCAGUUCAUCUGACAAAAGUGUAAAAGUUUGGGAUGUUGGAACGAGGACUUGUGUUCACACCUUCUUUGAUCACCAGGAUCAGGUCUGGGGAGUAAAAUACAAUGGAAAUGGUUCAAAAAUUGUGUCUGUUGGAGAUGACCAGGAAAUUCACAUCUAUGACUGUCCCAUUUAAACGUCCAAGUCUUCCAGGCUAACGCUGCAGUGAGAAUGUACAGAUUGAUCAUGACAUUCCUUUCCUUUUCAGGUUUGUUUAAGAGGAAGAGCAUUUAUUGUAGCAAAGGCUUAAAUUUUGUAGAUAUAAUAUAAAUCUUUUCAUGUUUAUUGGAACUGCUGUUCAUACCUCAGCAUAAAGUGUUCUUAAUGUAAAUACCUGUGCUCUUGAACAUGCUUCUUUUUCCAUUUACCCUGUCACAAGUAAACAGUAAUCAGCAUCGUUAAGUCAAAGUGACUAUCUGCCUUAGAGACGCAGAGACCCAGGCACUUGAACUUUCUAGCUAAAAAUACGGGCUGACUUCCCAGAGGGUUGACUCACACAGUGGGAUACGGCAGCCAGCUCCCAGAAGCUGAGAUAAGGGAGCGGAUCUAUUUCAGAAUGGGUUCCUGAGUAUUUGGGAGGGAAUGUUCUAUAGUUCUACCUUUCUGUUGUUCCCUUCUGUUUAUUAAACAUGUUCCCCGCCACACUUUUUACCCCGUUAGUUUCAGAGAUGUCUGUAGCUCACUGGGUGGAUGCUGGAGGGCCGGCUGCUGGUCUUGCUGCCUUCACAGUGCCUAGGCUUAAGCCUGUGCCCGAUAAUAACUGAACUCUAGCCCUGCCUCACUUGUCCCAGAGUACCUGUAUCCCAGAGUUCUCUUCAGCAACCCCCUUGGGACUUGUCUUGAUGUUAAUUUGAAGAAUUCAAAUAGCUAACAUUCUGAAGCUGGUUGCUCUUUAUUGAUCGUAACUGUGUGUCUUAGAUCAUGUUGUGGUUUUCCUCCAAACCCCUAUUACCCUCAGAAAACCCACACUCUUUACCAUAAUCCACUGCUUCUCUCUCCUGCCUCUGCUUGCUUACCCUGCUCUAACGGCAUUGUCCUUGCCGUCUCCUCCCUCCGACUUCCAUAGGUCUACUCCCUGACUGCGUUCAGGUAGCUGCUCAGGUGUCACCUCUUCACAGAGGCCUUCCCCAUUGCCUGCUACCCCUUGCCUUCCUCUUCAUUUUUGUCAUGGCAGUUACCACUCCCUGACACUUGCACUUACUCCCACCCUCAAAAUAUGAACUCCAUGAAGGUGGAAACUGUUCCAUCAUAUCAACUGUCUUAGUCAUCUAGUGCUGCUGUAACAGAAAUACAAGUGGAUGGCUUUAACAAAGAGAAGUUUAGUCUCCCACAGUCCAGUAAGCUAGAAGUCCAAAUUCAGGGCACCAGCUCCAGGGGAAGGCUUUAUCUCUCUGUUGGCUCUGGAGGAAGGUCCUCGUCAUCAGUCAGGAUUGGUCUGGGAGCAUCUCAGCACAGGAGCCUCAGGUCCAAAGGAUGCGCUCUGCUCUCGGCACUGCUUUCUUGGUGGUAUAAGGUCCCCAACUCUGCCUGCUUCCCUUUCAUCUCUCGGGAGAUAAAAGGUGCUGCAGGCCACACCCCAGGGAAACUCCCUUUACAUUGGAUCAGGGAGGUGACCUGAAUAAGGGUGGUAUUACAACCCCACCCUAGUCCUCUCAACAUAAAAUUACAAUCACAAAAUGGAGGACAACCACACAAUACUGGGAAUCAUGGCCUAACCAAGUUGAUACAUUUUGGGGGGAACAUAAAUCAUUCCAUGACAUCAACCAAUGUGAGGGCAGCUGCCACAUAACUACGCUCUAAGAAAAAAAAGGCAAAGCCACUUGUCUCAUACCAGUUCGAUUUUAUUUUUAAAGUGACAAAUUACAGGUGGAUAAAAUUUUAAGCAACAUCCUCCAAAUUCAUUUACAUGACAAGGAAGGAGCUGAAUCUAAUUUUGCUCCAUCACCAGCUAGAUGUAGUUCUCUAGCAAUAAUUUAUUAGAAAGUCACAGCACAGAAACAGAACGGCCUGGAGUUGUGGUCCAUUUGUAAACUGGUUUUCACAAAGGCUUAGUUGGAAGAAUCAGUUUUAUGUUAAUCCUGAUCAAUGGCCAAAGCAGGAACACGUGGUCUCUUUUUACUUUGAGCAAAUUAUGCCCCAUCUAAGCAGCUGGGGCCACUAACCGGCAACGUUCUGCUGGAGCCUGGUCCGUGCAGCUGGCUCACCUUACCUGCCAUGGGUCUAAUCUGCCCUUUGACCCUCCAAGGGGACUUCCCUGGCCUGAGUCAAACUCAGGUACUGUAUAACCAAAUAAGGGUGGACCUGACAGGUGGCCUCUGCUUUUAAGUCAGCAGCUUAGAAGGUAGCAGUUUAUCUUCAUGACUCCUGUGGGAAAGUAGUGAACGAUAAUGGCUAAAGGUUGAGGUGACCCUAAGUUCAGGUUGUAGUCCCCCUGCCAGGACAAAUAUCCCUUGGAGCAAGCUAUAAUUUACAGUGAAUUUGACCAAUUGUAGUCCCUAGUCGAGUUCCGUCCCAUUAUCUACAUUAUCUAAACAUGAUCCUGUGAGCAGGAAGCCCUUUUUAAGUAUGGCUGUGCAACAAGGAGAGGAACGUUCCCCUUGAAGGGAGUGGAAUCUGGGAGGUGGAAAACACUGAGAAGUUCUGUGCCUUUCCCAACCUUCAAGUCAUGCAGGCUCACUGGUCAGGUGGGGGCUGGCUGUGCCUGUGGCCAAGCCACCAGAACCCCAUGGCUUCUGCUGCUCUCAGGCUGCCAGGGACAUGGAGGGUUUAUUUUUCUUUACAAGUAAGCACUUUGGUGGGAGAGCACUGCAAAGGUUGUCAACAGAAAAUUGUUAAAACCACAAAGAACAGUUGGGGGGGGGCACAGGCAAGCAGUUACAUCAGCAUGUCAUUUAAAACACUGGUCCUCACCACAAGGGUGGAAGGUUCAGGAACCUUCCAAGAGAGAUGAUCAGGCACACCCCCCGUUCCAGUCACUUAGGGUACAGAACAGUAGAAACUAAGGUGGCCCUGCAACACCGGGACCACAGCCCACUCAGCAUGAAGCAAGGAACUAAAGAAACCUGAGGAGCCAGGUCCGAGCCACAGAUGUGCGUUCGUUCUUUAGGAGGAUCGUCUAGAACCUAGAUUGGAAAAUAUGUUAGCAGCCCUGAGGUUGUGCCCUCUGUAACUCUGCCAUGGGGGUGGGGAACCACAGACCUGGAGAUGGGCCAGGACGCCCACCUCGUGCCUUGGGGCUUACUAGGGAGGUGAGUGCUGCUCUCUGGGCCGUGCUAUAGUGCUGGAACUGAGUUACGGCAAAGCCACUAGAAGCACUGCGGUCACUGGCAUCUCGAAAGUAUAUCCUGCAAAUGUAAAUAAACAGAUUCCAUAUGCAGACUAGAGGUGAUUUACACUUAAAACAUUUAAAUAUAAAUUAAACUAUAACUUAAGUUACAACCAGAAGAAAAACCAAAAAGACACUCAGCAAUUGAGAAUGCUGAACACAUACACAGGACACCCCAAACACGAGGCCAUUAAAUCGAUGCCAUUUUCAUUGUGCCAACUUUACAUUCAUCAUAUGCUAGUCCAGCCGGGCCAUCUGCACUGCGUGCCUCAUGCCGUCUGGCACUGCACUCCGGCCCGGGGUCCGUCAUCAUCCUCCUCAUAGGCCUCCCUGUGCUGGCGCCAGUUCUGCUCAUUGGGAUUAAACUCCUUCAGCUCCACUUGAUCCAUGUCGUCUGUAAUCCUCACCUUCUGUCGAGGGGGGAGCAAUGCUUCCAGCUGGGGAAGCUUUUCUGGAGAAAGCCAGUGUUUUUCAGGAAAGAGUACCUGUAAAGGGUGAAGUGGGAAAGAGCAGUGGUUGGUCAUUCUCCCAAUUAAGGCAUUUAACAGCACAUCCAGUAAGAAAACACAGUGAACUUACUAAAAACUGUAUGAUCAGAGUCCCUUUCUCGAGGGGAGCUUUGUAUAUAGGCAUCCCUUCGUCGCGCACACAUCUCAGGUCCCCGUGCUUUAUCACCUCACCUGCCACAGGAAAACGUUUGGUUCUGUGUUAGUUACAAAACAGGAAAAUAGUGGCUUGUGUGUGUUGGGGCGAGGCGUUAGUCUCCCUUGGGGUUAGUCUCCCUGGGACAGCUUGGGGACAGGUUUUAGAGCCCCCAUGGGUACCCGGGAAAGGAAAGUGUUAACUUAGCAUCUAGAAAAUGGGUCCCAGUCAGAGUCAUCCCUGUCAGGGGUGUGGUCGGGUUGAAGGGGGUGAGGUGAGGGGCUCAGGUAGAACUCCAGGCUCCAGCAGUGUGUCAAGAAGGCAGUACACUGGAGCAUGCUUGGCCUCCAUCCCAAAGUGGGCUGGUUUAAAAAGUGAAGUAGGAGUCAGAAAACCCAAGUCUGGGUAAAAUAGGGUGCUGAUACCCGUCCUGCCUCCCUCUUGGGGGUGGUUACAAAUAUCCUGACCAUGGGAUGGCAGCCCGUGCUUCACACACACAUAGAACUUGAAGUAGGAAAGGGCCGCAAAGGAGCUCAACAGCCCUACCUGGCAUGAGAACCUGCUAAUGGCCACCCUUCAGGGGACACCAGCUUCCUGGGCAGGGAGCUGACAAGGCAGGUCAGGCCACUGGCAGUCUCCCAUGUAUUUUAAAACGCACUCACAGACUGGUGAGCUUGCACCUGCUAGUUCUUAUAUCUGUGUUAUUUCAAAAGGCAUCAUGGGAGGUUAGACCCCCAGAGCUCUAGCGGUCUUCCCCAAGUCUAAAAACGUUAUUUCCCUCCAAGCCUGGGAAAGGAAACAAACAAAAAGGUCUCCGAAAAAGUAUGCUUUUCAGCUCGGUAAUAAAAAUGGUAGACAAAUGUUGGGAGUGGCAGGGGGCUACAGAGAAAAAGGGAAGAUAAAAGCUAAACACUAAUUUAUCCUGCAGCCCCCUCUCCUGGGAAAAUAGUAUUCCACACAAAAGAACUAUUCAGAAAAUGAAAUCACUUCAUGAGGAAACCUUUGCAAGUACAUGACAUGAGCUUUUUAAAACAAAGCACAUCCACGACUGUAUCCUCGGGGCCAUUCGUGCGCCAGCUGGGACUAGACAUGGCCCUCCGAGCCUACUGUGUGUACAGAAGGCUACCCCGGAGCUGGCUUUCUGUGUUCUUAGUUGUUUGGUUUUUCUUUUCAAGAAGUUUUUCUGUCUUCUCUGUUCCUAUCAGAGAUCGCUUCUUGUUCCUCUCAAGAACUACCCCACACUUUCCUGUCUAACUUGCCAGGGUUGGGAAAUCCGGAGACCAAGCAUGGGAAACUGCAUGAAAGAGAAGGGAAAAGACCGUGAGGCAGGCUCUUCCCUGAGGCAAAUAUCUGUCCUCAGUCAGGGGGCAUCGCACCCUCAUGAAGCUCCUAAGCCACUUUUUCAUUAAUCUGCUGAUUCUCAGCAGUGCUCAAGACACCCUAUAGGCCCUCUUGUGAGGACGGCAUUUCAAUAGAAGAGUGGAUGAAGAAGAGGAAAUCGAGGAACAAGAAAAGGAGAAGGUGUAAAUGGAAAAAGAGGAUACAAAGGAUAAAUGUGAAAAAAGAAAGAGCAAAGAAAUGCAAUCUCCAGCACAAAGUCUACUGGCUAUCCUGCCUGCCUUACUCACAAUUAAGCAAGGAAAUGGGUUCCUGGGCAUGCCCCUGCUGCCAGGGAGCUGGCCCAGGUGGCCACUUCCUUCUCUCUGGGGCUCCUUCCUUACUACCCUCAUUCUGUCCUUGGCUCCCAGGGUCCCUGUGGCUGGCACCAGCCAAGAGGCAGCGAGGAACCCUGGGCUCCCAAGGCAGAGCCCUGCCCCAGGGAGCUCCACCUCAACGAUUCAAGACCUCCUGUCUCCUCCGGUGGCCAAGGAGGAGCUUGCCCAAAGAAGUUACAUGCAGACGCUGCCUAGCUCCAGCUCUCAGAAGGGCCAGAUCCGAGAUGGCCUGUUUGCAAUGACAUUUGGGACACAAUACCAGCAGGCGCUGGGCAUGUACCUGCUCACAACCAGUGGCCUAGGGCUUUGUGUCAAUUGUGAUCCUCAAAUCUUCCUACUCAAGUAACUAGAAGACACAGGUACUUGGGAGGUCUAUGGAACAGAACUUUAAGGAAGAUGUUUUACUUUAAAAUUUUCAUCCAAAUACUGCAUUAUAUUGCAGUGCUUUCUCCCAAAUCUUCAUUACGUGUACACACACACACACACACACACACACAGAGCAAAUGAAAAAGCAAAUGGGGUAAAAUGUUAACAGUAGGCAAACUGGGUCAAAGCAUAUAUGGUUAUUAUUUGUACUAUUUUUGUUUUACAAUUGUUAAGUUUAAAAUUUCCAAAUAAAAUGUUUAAAAAAAAAAAA